AAGUGAUAGUGUGAAUCAUGCACCACGAAGGACUCCGAAUACGAGGGGAAAUAUAAAGGAGCUUAGCAGCAUUUCCAUAUACUGGAUUGUCAGUCUUGGCUCGACGGCAGAGCCACUGCAAACAAUACAAACAGAUGCUUAUUGUUAGGGCACAGCUCAAGUAUUGCUGCAUAUCCGAGAGCAGGAUACAUGCUUCAGAACACUCUCUGUCUGAAACAGACCAUUGCUCACAAGCUCUGGGGAAACCAAGCGCAUUGAAAUAGAUGCUUGAGGAUGUAACGGUGAUCCGAUGUUAUUUUAAUGCCUCUCUAAAAAAGAUGCUCAGGAAAAAUGGGCAGACUAUAGAAGAAUAAAUGAAGUGCAUAAUAUAUUUGCAGAAUUUUCUGUGAGAUUAUCCCAGUUUAUCACUUUCACAGUAUCAAGGAUUGAACAGCCUUACAUGCAUGGCAUCUUUGGACAGGGUAAUUGAAAGUUUACUUCUUCCUUUCAAGGAUAGAAAUCUGCCAUUCACAUGAAAUAUAUAAGACAGCAAAUGUUCAGCGCUUGGUAACAAAUGAUCUGGUGAUUAAGCUUAACAGCAGUAAUUGCAGAAUCCUUAAACACUAUUAUUAGGCAGAAGAAACCAUUCCAGGAUGAAGGACACAUCAUUCAAUGCCUGUGUUUUUAUUGGGCUUGCAGUCACUGCAGUAGUACAAAUGGUAGAAAGAAAUAUGGACUGUCCAAAGUCCUGUAUUUGUGAAAUCAGACCAUGGUUCACGCCAAGAUCUAUUUAUAUGGAAGCUCCUACAACAGAGUGCAACAAUUUAAACCUGGCUUCACUUCCUCCAAAAAUACCAGCUGAGACACAAGUUUUGCUACUGCAGAGUAACAACAUUUCAAAAAUCGAGAUCAAAAUAGACUAUUUGGUUAAUCUUACAGAAAUCGACUUAUCACAAAACAAUUUUUCAGCAAUCUGUGACAUCAACCUGGGAAAAAUGCUCCAGCUAAUGUCACUGCACCUGGAGGAAAACAAACUCAAAGAGUUGCCUGACAGCUGUUUGCUUGGACUCAGCAACCUACAGGAAUUUUAUGUUAAUCAUAACCAGAUUUCCAGCAUUGCAAUGGGAGCAUUUGUAGGUCUAAAUAAUCUUCUCAGAUUGCAUCUUAAUUCUAACCAAUUAACAACGAUUAAAAGCAGCUGGUUUGAUGCUAUCCCAAGCUUGGAGAUUCUAACAAUAGGAGAAAAUCCCAUCACUAAAAUUCAAGCCAUGAGCUUCAAACCCCUCAGCAAUCUGCGGAGUUUGGUCCUAGCUGGAAUUAAGCUUUCAGAACUGGGGGACAAUACAUUAGUUGGCCUAAACAAUUUAGAAAGCAUCUCUUUUUAUGACAACAGACUUAUCACCGUGCCCCAUGCAGCUCUUCAGAAAGUUCCCAAUCUCAAAUUCUUGGAUUUGAAUAAAAAUCCCAUUCAGAGAAUACGGCAAGGGGAUUUCAGAAAUAUGUUGCACUUGAAAGAGCUGGGCAUUAAUAAUAUGGCAGAACUGGUUUCUAUUGAUUGUCUUGCUCUCGACAAUUUGCCUGAACUAACAAAAAUUGAAGCAACAAACAACCCAAAGCUAUCAUAUAUCCAUCCACAUGCAUUCUACAGAGCUCCCCAACUUGAAACAUUAAUGCUUAACAGCAAUGCACUUAGUGCUCUCUACAGAGGCACAGUGGAAUCUUUACCUAAACUGCAGGAAGUCAGCAUUCAUAGCAAUCCAAUAAGAUGCGAUUGUGUCAUUCGCUGGAUUAACAUGAACAAAACACACAUUCGAUUCAUGGAACUACAGUCUUUGUUUUGUUUUGACCCACCUGAAUUUAAAGGUCAGCAUGUCCGACAGAUUCCCUUCCGAGAAAUGACAGAUAUGUGCCUUCCAUUAGUAGCAUCUGAAAGCUUCCCUUCAGCUGUAAAUUUAAGCAGUGGGAGCUCAGUCUCUCUGCACUGUCGAGCUACAGGACUACCAGAACCUGAAAUCUACUGGAUCUCACCAUCCGGUGAUAAACUUCUGCCUAAUACUUCAACCAAUAAAUACAACAUGCAACUUGAAGGAACACUGGAUUUAUUUAAUGUAAGCAACAAUGAAACAGGCUUGUAUACAUGUGUGGCCCACAAUCUGGUUGGAGCAGAUUUGAAAACAGUUCUUAUAACAGUGAAUGGCUCAUUUGCACAAUCCAUGAAUGAAUCUCUGAAUAUCAAAAUAAAAAAUGUGGCAUCGCAUUCUAUCUUGGUGUCUUGGAAGCCUGUUUCAAACUGUAUAUCAACAAAUAUUCAAUGGUCUGCCAAAAUGAAUUCUGACAGCCCUCAACUUACCUAUACAACCAGAGUUCCAAUAGAUAUACGUACAUAUAAUCUAACGCAUUUGAACCCAUCAACUGAGUAUGAGGUAUGUGUUGACGUAACCAACAUUCAUCAACAAACUGAAAAGAAAUGUGUCAAUGUCACAACAAAUGGAUUGGAGUUGGCUGUAAAAUCAAACGGACAAAGUACAAUCUCAGCACUUGUGGCUGUCCUUGGUGUAAUCUUUGGUGUCAUUAGCAUGACGUGUCUCUGCUCUUAUGCGACUUGGAGGAUGAAGUAUAAUUCCAGCCACAGCUGUUCAGAAAAGUACAUGCCGAGUAAAGCAAUAUUUCCAUCAAACAACUUCUACGCUCCAAUUAUCAAUAUUUGGGACACAGCAAAAGAGAAGAAAGGACCACUGGAAGUUAAAGCCACGGUAAUAGAUGUAUCAGCAACCUGUUCGUAAAUUUUUUAAAAGGUGAUGUUCAUGAAAGCUGGUUACAACUGGACUGCUUUUAAAUGUUGGAUACAAAAGAAGAAGAAAAAAAGCACAGGCCCUGCUCAUGAUACUUGCAGGAAAUGGGAGGAGACCCCUCUCCUAUACUGUGCAUUUUGUACGAUGGACAGACAUACACCAAACUAAUAAAGACAAGGCAAAGAUGUGGAUUGGUGUGAGUGUCCUUUUGAGAAUGGCAACUUUCAAAAGAAACAAUCAUCACCAGCCAACAUAAGUUGUAACAGCCUAACUUAUUUUCUGUUAAUGUUAAACUGCUCACCACAGUCAAAAGAUAUGGUACAAUGGCACAGUGAUGCUAAGUAAAGGUUAAAAGUGUUUUUCCUGUAUUUAACUAUGUAAUGUGUAAAGUAGUGGACUGUAAUAGUGGUCUCCAAGCAAUACCUCCUGUCCUGUUUUACACAAUACUUUAGCUGGCAGUUGUUUAGAAGGUGGGCAGUUUAAAAUAGAAUGCCACAUGUGGUGUUAGUGAAUGGAUACAAUCCGUUAGAGUAGAUCACACAGUGAGUAAAAUCAGUAUGUGAAAUUGAUUU